UCUCUCUGGAGGAAAAGGCCCAGCAGCUGUCGGAGGAACGGCCCAGCAGCUGUCAGCCAAGGGACAUGUCGCAGCUAAGUAAGAAUCUGGGUGACUCGAGUCCUCCGGCGGAGGCCCCGAAGCCGCCUGCCUAUAGCCGCCCUACGGUUCUGAUGCGGGCCCCGCCCGCUUCCUCUCGGGCUCCACCAGUCCCUUGGGAUCCUCCAAUUGACUUGCAGGCUUCAUUGGCCGCUUGGCAGGCACCUCAGCCCGCCUGGGAGGCCCCGCAGGGCCAGCUGCCCGCCCCGGUGGCUCCAAUGGCCCAACCUCCGACCCUAGGGGGCCCGAUGGUCCAGGCUCCCCCGCUGGCGGGCCCAGUGGGCAAGCCUCCGACUCCCGGAGUGCUGAUGGUGCAUCCUUCGGCUCCGGGAGCCCCGAUGGCCCAGCCUCAAACUCCGGGAGUCCUGAUGGUGCACCCUUCAGCUCCCGGAGCCCCUAUGGCCCAUCCUCCUCCUCCUCCGGGGACCCCGAUGUCCCAUCCUCCCCCUCCGGGUACCCCAAUGGCCCAUCCUCCCCCUCCGGGGACCCCGAUGGCCCAUCCAGCCCCUCCGGGGACCCCGAUGGUGCAUCCACCUCCACCGGGGACACCGAUGGCUCAUGCUCCCCCACCGGGGACACCGAUGGCUCAUCCUCCCCCGCCGGGGACACCGAUGGCUCAUCCUCCCCCACCGGGGACACCGAUGGCACAGCCUCCUGCUCCGGGAGUCCUGAUGGCCCAGCCUCUGACUCCCGGAGUCCUGAUGGUCCAGCCUCCUGCUCCAGGAGCCCAGAUGGCCCAACCUCCACCUCCGGGAGCCUUGAUGACCCAGCCUCCACCUUCAGGAGCCCCCCUGGCCAAGCCUCCAGGUCCUGGAGUCCUGAUGAUCCAACCUCCAGGUUCGAGAACUACGAUCACCCAGCCUCCAGCAUCAGGAGCCCCCAUGGCGCAGCCAGCGGCCCCACCUGCGCAGCCUCUGGCUUCCUGGGCUCCACAGGCUCAGCCUCUGAUCCUGCAAAUCCAGUCUCAGGUUAUAAGGGCUCCUCCACAGGUUCCCCAGGGCCCACAGGCCCCCCCUGCGCAGCUGGCCACACCCCCGGGUUGGCAGGCUACCUCGCCGGGAUGGCAGGCCACGCCGCAAGGCUGGCAGGCCACACCCCUGACCUGGCAGACCACGCAGGUCACCUGGCAGGCCCCUGCGAUUGCCUGGCAGGCGCCGCAGCCGGUGCGCCAAGGCCCUCCACCCAUCCGCCCUGGCCCCCCGCCCAUCCGCCCUGCUCCUCUGCGGCAGGCCCCGCAGGCUCGGCUGCUGGCCCCACAGGUGCAGGCGGCGCCGCAGGUGCCUACGGCCGCAGCGGUUCCGCAGGUCCCCGCGGCGCCGCCCGCUGGCCCGCAGGUGCCCCAGCCAGUACUGCCGGCCCCGCUGUCUGUCUCGCUGUCUACUACACAGGCUGUGCACUGCCCACCCAUCAUCUGGCAGGCCCCCAAAGGCCAACCCCCUGUGCCACACGAGCUGCCGACGUCGAUGGAGUUCCAGGAGGUGCAGCAGGCCCAGGCGAUAGCCUGGCAGGCCCCGAAGGCCCCCACUCACUUCUGGCAGCCCCUACCUGCUCAGGAGGCCCAGAGGCAGGGCCCCCCCAUCGUCCAGCUGGAGCAGCCCUUUCAGGGAGCCCCGCCCUCCCAGAAAGCCCUACAAAUCCAGCUACCCACCCAGCAGGCCCAGCCCACGGGUCCGCAAGCAGAGCUGCCCACAUUGCAGCUCCAGCCCUCCUGGCAGGCCCCCCCUGCAGUCUUGCAGGCCCAGCCUGGAGCCCCCAUAGCUGAGGCAAAUUUUCCCCGGGGCUCCACUAAGUCACUGAUGACUCCAUCAGGAGAAUCCAGGGCCUCUUCUAUAGAACGCAGGGGCUCUGCUAAAGAACGUAGGACCUCCUCAAAGGAAAGGAGGGUCCCUUCAAAGGACCGCAUGAUCUUUGCUGCCACCUUCUGUGCUCCCAAGGCAGUGUCAGCUGCCCGAGCGCACUUGCCAACUGCCUGGAAAAACUUGCCUGCCACAUCAGAGACCUUUACUGCCACCUCAAGGGUCUUUCCAGCUACCUCCCAGUUUCAGCCUGCCUCUUCUCAUGCCUUUACAGGCCCCUCCAUCACCUCAGAGGCCCCCAAGUCACUACCAUUUGCUCUGCAGGAUCCAUUUGCCUGUGUGGAGGCUCUGCCUGCAGUCCCGUGGGUUCCACAGCCCAAUGUGAAUGCCUCGAAGGCAUCCAAGGUAGUGCCCACCAUCCUGAUGGCUACAGCAGCUGCCCCACAGGCAGCUGCCACCUUUCAAGAGGCCUCAAAGACCUCCGUUGAGCUGCCACGUCGCUCGGGCAAAGUCACCCGGAAGAAGAAGCACCUGGAAGCCGAAGAGGGCAGCAGUGGCAAUGUGUUGGCCUUUCAUGACUGGCAGGGCCCAAAGCCCUGGGAGAAUCUCAAUGGUUGGAUGUCCGGGAGACAAGUGGUCUCUUCGGAAAUACAAAGAAGCUCAUCACCGACGUGUUCGUAAGGCAGAAGUACCUAGAGUACAGGCGAAUCCCCUACACUGAACCAGCAGAAUAUGAGCUCUUCUGGGGCCCUCGAGCGUUCCUCGAAACCAGC